AAACGACAAAUAAUCAUGAUUAUUCAUCUCAACGGUUGUACUGACAUGAAAGAGGAUCUUUAAUUAAUUAAUUGAUUCUAUUCAUCACUGUGACAUAUAAUUAAACCUAAUUGAUAAAGUUAUUUAUAUCAAUGGAUACUAGUAGACGUAAUCCUGGCUCAUCAGACACAGUUGUCGAAGACUUAUAUUGGGCUCCGGCUACUGGUGCUACUUUAGGUGUGUUGGCUAUAUUACUUGUUUUAUUCCUUCUCAUAUUAUGUCUUCCAUGGCAAAAGUGUGAUCGAUAUUGUUCCUGUUGUCGAUGUUGGCUUCUGGGAUCUGAAGAAAAUUAUAAUGGUCAAUCCGAUGAUGCAUUUCGUGCAGGGAGAAUGCCUGGAGAAUUUCCCAUGCCAAUGUUUGACUUUAUCCCUCCAUGUGCACUACCUAAAUUGCCUAAUUAUGAAGAAUGCUUGAAUACUGGUCCACCAAGUAAUGAUGAAGCCCCGCCUCCUCCAACCCCUCUACCAUUCCAAAGUGUUUCUGCUAGUGACCAAAAUUUCUCACGACUGGUUGUUCAUAGUCGUCCAGAUCUACGUGAUAACAAUGAUGAUACUCAAACACUGCCUAGUCCUGCAUCAACACCUCCACCUACAUAUUCUUCAACAUGGUUGAAUAGACCAUCAACAACAGUAAGUCGAACAACAGAACAACAAGAUCAGUCAAGAUCACGUGAAAAUUCAAUCCCUAUCGUAGCACGACAAUUAUCAGCCAAUCUCUAAAACAAUAACAGAAAGUAAAUAAUGCUUAAAAAAACCCAAAGAUUUUCUAUGCUUGGUAUCAGAACAUUGAACAAUGAAAUCCAAAAGAAAAAUAAAUGAUAGCAAUAGUAAUAAAAUACUGUUUUGCAUUGAGUUCUACUAGUCAGCUAGUCAGCGGUAUGUUUUUCUGUUUUUCUUUGCUGGUUUCUUUCUGAACAUACAAUCUGGAGACAUUGUUCGAAAUAUCUGUCUCCGUAAUCCUUUUCUCUGAUAUUUCAAAAGCUAAAUUAGUAAAGCCUGUGAUAAACAGACGCACAGAUAGAUAUAUUACUUCACAAUUAACUGUCUCUUAUGACGAAAUAUGAAAGCCAGUGUAUAUUCUCCGUUUCUACUGUGUGUGUAAACGUUUAAGAUUAUAUCAACUAACAUCCCUCAUUGUCAGUUUUUCCUUCGAUAGAAAUCUUACUAUUUCUAAAUUUUUUUUUCUAUCCUGCUUUUUAUGCGUUGGUAUUUUUACUACUUGAAACAAUAUGUUUAUAUGAAAUAAAUUAUUUUUUAACUCAGAACUACUUUUACUAUGUUUAAUAGUAUUUUCACUAGAGGAAAAGGCUCAGCAGAUAUCUUGAAAUAUUGUUUCUCACCUAUCCCUUUCUUUCACACUUAUCUUUAACUGAUGUUUUUUUCCUAUUUCCUCCUCAAAAUGGUGGUUUACCAAAGAGAGAAAAGAAAAAAGAAAGAAAACUUGUCUUUGCCUUGUAUCUUUCCACU